AUGCGCUGGGAUAUUGUUACACUAUCACUUAGCUAUGGCAUUGACCCGGUAGACAUUGACUCAGGUAGAUGCUCCGAAAGCCACGACGUUCCAUCACACACUCUUCCUUUCAGAUGUACUCCAUCUGCAGAACUUGUCAUUUCCCGAUUGCGAAGAGAUUCUCGUGGUGAACGAUGCAUCGGAAGACGUGGGAUCGGGUGGAAGUGCAUUGAAUGCACUGAUCCGAACUGCGGAGAGGCUGUGCUACCGAAAAAGGAUUCCAGUGCUGACAGAGUCGGCUCUGCAGGAUGCCAACAUUCUUUUGAUUCUAGUGGUGAGACAAAGGGGACCAGGGAAGGAAGAAGGAAAGAUUUAAGAGUGACUUGAGAGCAAUUCGAAAUGUAAAUGAGAACGGAGUGGCAGAAGAAGGAGACGGAUACGUUUUCGAUACGUUCCUCUCGCAUUCCAUCAGAAAUGCGACCGCAGUGGCUGAGCGCACAGAGCAGAAGGGAGUGUGGAUCAUCGGAAGCGAUUCUUUGUGGAAACUUGAGAAGCAAUCAGAUAUCUUCGACCUGCCACAGAAUGGAAUCACCGGGUUCACAUUCAUCGGGUCGAGAAAUCAAUUGAAGGACCACGGAUGGUACAGGACAGAGAAAACAGGGAAAAAGACCGGGAACGGAUGGGCGCUUCAAAAAGUAACCGGAAUGGAAUUUGACAGCGAAGUCGCCGUGGAUUCGACAAUAGCGAGCCAAGAGAAAUCGGCAGUGAUUUUGGGAUUUCUGUACAUGCCGCUCCCGGUCGCCAGUGCUUUCCUUUCCCUCCAUUCGCAGUUUCCAGUGGCUGCCACCACAUAUUUGGGAGUGGAUUCGAAUAUCACCCCGCUCAAGGUUGUCUUGUCUUUUAUGGAUAAAAUCGGAAAUAUUUUCGUUUCAGCUCUCACUCUUUUUCGAUUUUAUGUUGGCAACUUGCAUCGGAGAAGACGAAUUUGUUGCGAAUAGACUGGGUACUCGCGUGAAGGUUUCGGACAACGUGGAGGAUCGAACGAACGCCAGAAAGCAGAUAUUUGAGAAACUUCGAUCGUUUCAGGCAACCGCCGGUAGGCGGUGUGUUCUCUUUCGGCUAGUCAACAAUACUUUCAGCUGUUCUUGAAAUCACCGAGUAUAAAUACAAAGAAUUUCCGAACUCUGUGCGGGAUUACACUGCUCUCCUACACAAACUGGAUCAGCCGACUCAUUUGCUGAAUGCUGACGUCAAACGGAGUAUCCGAUCGGAACUCAGUGUCCGGAGGCUCCAGGAACCGCAGCCGGCCGACCUCCAACCACAUUCAAUCAUGACCUCUUUUCGGAGUAUCAUUCAGCAGACCGACACUCCGGAAGUUCAUCUUCGGAUGGUAUUCUCUGCUUCACUCGCAUUGUCGAUUGCUUCGGAUGGGAAGGGCGGUCUUAGGAACGGACCGGCCAAGAAUCUUUCAUUUGCACCGUUGAUGCACAUGGAAAGUGGAAAAAUGCAGACGUAUUUGUUAGCGAUGAUUGAUGAGAUACUGAAGAAUUGGAUGAACGAACCGAGUCGAAUGAUCAGAGCUGGUGGGUGAAAUGAGAAGUUUCAUAAAGGAUUUCGAACAUUUCAGCAAGACAUUUGGAGACUGCUGCUCAAAAUUAUAUACGAAACGAGGUGGACUCUAUUUGCGCAUCAGUAACUUUCUCCAUAACCUAUAAAUGAAUGAAUUAAAUGUUCCAGAGGACUCUUCAAUUGAAACGGAACGAAAUGAACGUGGCGAAGGGCGUGAAAGUGUGUGCACCGGCUCGAAUUGACUUCUUCGGUGGUUGGCUCGACACUCCGCCCAUCUUCUUUUCCAUGGACAAUGCGGCAGUCGUCAAUAUGUCUGUGAAGUUGGACGGAAUGGUUUCGUACAGAACCUUGCUCCUAGACUUCCGUUUCUCAUUUCAGAAUCCCAUCAGUUGCUGGGUAACGAAAAUAGACGAGCCGGUGGUGGAAGUGUGCCAGGACGGCAUCAGAAUCCAGAUAAAGAACGAGGAGGAGCUGUUCUACGUGCACGACAAGCCCACCGAAACGGGAUCCCUCGUCUGCGCUUCCAUUCUUGCCCUCAACUUCCGCACACUUUCUGACUUUUUCUCUGCUCUCAACUGCAAAGGACUGCGAAUUGAGACGAAAUCGGAACUGCCACAUGGAUCGGGUCUCGGCACGUCUUCCACAAUUGCAGCAGCCAUUCUGAAGGCUUUCGCGGCACUCGGAGCAGUUAUGAAUACGAAUAGGUACACGCUCGACGAAAUUAUCGUUCACACGGUAAUCCGUUUCAUUUUUUUUCAAAUGUCUUUAACAUUUAGGUACUGCGAGUGGAGCAGAUAAUGACGACAGGAGGCGGUUGGCAGGAUCAGAUUGGAUCAUUGUACCCGGGAUUGAAGAAGUGUUAUUACGUGAGAGGAGCGGGCGAUGAGAACAGAAUAGCAGUGAAAGAGAUUCCGUUGGCCGCUUCUGUUGUCCGACUUCUGGAGGAACGUCUGCUGUUGGUGUACACGGGGAAGACUCGUCUCGCCAAGAACCUUCUUCAGGAAGUCAUUCGCAAUUUCUUUACAUGCCCCCUCACGAAAACAAAGCUUUCUGAGAUGGCUGAACGAGUGGAGGAAUUCGCGGAAAGGAUAAGGAGGGCAGAUCUGCCGGUGAAGCUGCUGGAACAGUACCAUUCCACGAAGAACUUCAUGACUUGUUGUGAGCCACCCAUUGUUACUGCGCUAUUGGAGCAACUGAAAAAGUGGGUCAGAUCGUACACAACUGCUUGUAGAUCCUCUGUUUCAGGAAGAAAAUGAUCAAAGUUGGAUGGGCGGCCGGUGCAGGAGGAGGAGGAUUCGUGUACUUGUGGCUGACCAAAAGAACCGAGAGGAACCAAGUGGAGCAGUUCAUUUCGUCUACCGAUCAGUUCUCCAAUAUGACUUGUCAUUCCAUAACCAUUCAGACCGUUUGUCCCUUCACCGUCGAAACUUUCGAAUAA